GGCAGUAUGUGGAGCCUUGACCGUUACUUCUCCAUACCAUUAUGCUAAGACCAAUAGGGAAGUGACAGUCUAAUCUCACAGCCGAAUCCCCCAUUUGACCCCUGCACAAUCACCUGGCCUAAGCUUAAACGAUAUGACGUCUCAGGCGCCCCUCCUUUACUCCUCAUCCUCCGCAUCACGGAGCUCAAGUCAAAUCACGCGGUACCGUGACCUUUAGUGAGCCACGCCUCCUAUCCUCGCCGGCGCGGAACAGCGAGGCAUAAACCUAAACCUCCCGGUUAUCUUGUUGGAUUUUCCAUCAUCUGCCGAACCUAUCGAAUUUUCUUACCUAGAACUAGACCUAGAAUCCAUUCGUCCGAUGGAUUCUGCUUGAUGCAUAAGUCCCGGUACCUCAGCACAUCUUCUUGACUGCCGUCAGCCAGGCUAGGUUGCUUAGAAUCUCCGAGUCACACACCAGAGUUGCUACAUCUUUGACCAUGUCGCUUUUCCAAGCUCAGCUAUAUCCGGGGCAAGCCCUCGGCUUUCUAGUGCUUGGCGCAUCCCUUCACGACAUUCUUACGCGCAUCAAAGCCGAGCCCCAACGUUUCCCAAAGAUAGAUCUUGCUUUCUCCCAAAAUGCGCCCAUAGAAGAGCCCGUAGUCGUUAAUCUGCCAUCGAAUGGCGUUCGUCUCCGCUUUGAUGGCCCCGAGCAGCGCCUGCGUCUUGUCGAGGUCGUAGACUUUACCAAGAUUCACAUCACCUUCAAAGAGGCGAAUCAUGAGCGAGACCUCAUGCGCCCGGCUGCCGAGCCGACUGCGACCGGGCCAACCUUCAAACAUAUCUACAACAGGUUCUUGGGGCCAACCUACGAUGGCGAGUUUGUGCCCGGAAGCGAGGGCGGCAAGGAUGUGGGCACCUACGUGCUGUCUUAUCCCGGCGUUGCUUUCACCUUCCCUAUGGCCCCAUCGGCAUACUCGCCAGACAAGGACGUAAUGUCACUUUUAUCGCACAACGGGACGCAGGUCGCCACGUCCAUGGCAGUCUUUAGUGGCGACACUUGGGCACAAGCGCGGGAUACUCUAUGGGACGAAGCACUCCCGAGCUUGAAGACAUUUGCGCCUUUAUCCAAGGGUAGCAAAGACGCCAGCCCGGACGACGUGACGCUGGUCCGCAUUCAUGGCGGAGGAAAGCUCCAACUAGUCCGCAAAUGGUCUGGAGUUGGUGAUGCGCCUUUGCCCUCCACCUGGAUUAUCCUUGGGGAAACAACUCCACAGGACCUAGUUGCCGAGCUCGGACCUCCCGAUGCAAUCUACCGCAGGAACGAGCAGCGCAUGUACAUUCACCGUGUCCGUGGCGCCAGCAGUAGCCACGGCCGUCGCCCAAACAGCGGCGAUGUCAAGCCGGGCUCGCAUGACAAUCUGACCGACACUGACAUGUCAUCUGCCAACGCACUAUCUACGGACGACGGGGACUAUGACUCACGCGACGAUGAUGACGAGGCUGUGGAGGACGACGCUGCUGGCAAUGUUGCUGGGGAAUGCUUCUACAACUACUUCUACCUAGGGUUUGAUAUACUUAUAUCGACACCCAGGGUACCGUCACAACCCCCACCAGGUAUUGAUGAGCCGCAGGUGCCCAGAGAUAGAACACUUCCAUCCGAGUCUCAAGAUAGACUCGUGGCGACCAAGAUGAUCCUCCAUGGCAAUGUCCCAGGAUCCUACCCAUUCAACCGACAUCGCCGCUGCCGAUGGGAUAUAGCCUACUUGGACCAACCCACCAACUCGGAGACACCCUUUCCAGAAACGGAGGAGCGUCUAGGCUCGGCAUGGAAAUCUACCUAUUUGUCCGAGGCUGACGCCAAGCAGCGACAACGAGGCAUGGUGCUCAAUCGUGGUUGGGGUGACAGCCCCGGCAGCAGCAUAGAGUUCCUGGGAGGUUGGGAGGGUGAGGUCAAGAGCUCAGCCAGGAAGACAGACGCGAUAGGUGCCGACAAUUCGACAACGACACUCUACGGUUAUCCCGGGCUGGUGUUUGAAGUUUUGAGGAACGGGUUUGUUAGUGCACUAACAGUGUUUUAAAAAGAUUUCGUUCUUCACCGUCAAUUUCUUCUUUGUAAGAUCUCCUUGGCACUUUUAAGGUGUGGAAUAGGUGGAUAAACGGCCCUUGGUUUGUUUUGGUUUUCUUGGUUUUCUUUUGUUCAAUUCGGCGUUGGUGUGGGUUACUGGUACUUCGAACACAGUAUUCGAGAACACGGGCGUUCAUUGAAGGUUGGUUUAGCAUAUUUUCCAUUUGUGUUUGCAUCUCGGUCGUCUCAUUCAGGAGGAAGAUGGCGGCGGUGAUAGGUUAGACGUGAAGAGCCGUGAAGCUUAAAGAUCUGC